AUGAGUGAGUUGGGGGAAGUGGGCAACACCUACAUCACACACGACAUAGCCACAUAUCGUAACACCCAUACUGAAGCACUGUCUGAGGAACAAAUCGCUGAGUUCAAGGAGGCCUUCUCCCUGUUUGACAAGGAUGGCGAUGGAAGCAUCACCACCAAGGAGCUCGGAACCGUCAUGAGAUCACUCGGUCAGAACCCAACAGAGGCUGAGCUCCAGGAUAUGAUCAACGAGGUCGAUUCUGAUGGCAACGGAACCAUCGAUUUCCCAGAGUUCCUGUCUAUGAUGGCUCGUAAGAUGGUUGAGAACGACACAGAGGAGGAGAUCAGAGAGGCUUUCAAGGUGUUUGAUAAGGACGGCAAUGGAUUCAUUUCAGCCGCCGAGCUGCGUCACGUCAUGGUCAACCUUGGCGAGAAGCUCACCGACGAGGAGGUCGAGGAGAUGAUCAAGGAGGCCGAUCUCGAUGGUGAUGGACAGGUCAACUAUGAGGAGUUUGUCAAGAUGAUGCUCUCCAAGUAA